AUGGAGGCUUUAUGCGGGUCCCGCUUCUGGGACUCAAACCUUUCAGUACACACUGAUAAUCCAGACCUGACUCCAUGUUUCCAGAACACCAUCCUGGCAUGGAUCCCCAGCAUUUACCUGUGGAGUGCUUUACCCUUCUACUUGCUCUACCUGAAGCACAACAGCCGGGGGUACAUUGUGCUGUCUGUGCUGAGCAGGUUCAAGACGCUGCUGGGUGUCCUGCUGUGGUGUGUGAGCUGGGCAGACCUCUUCUACUCCUUCCACGAGCUCCUGCAGAACAGAGCCCCCGCGCCAGUGCACUUCGUGACUCCAUUGGUCGUCGGCAUCACUGUGCUGUUAGCUACGUUGCUUAUUCAGCACGAAAGGCUGAGGGGAGUUCAGUCCUCUGGAGUGCUCAUUAUCUUCUGGUUUCUGUCUGCGCUCUGUGCUGUGGUGCCUCUCCGCUCUAAGAUCAUGGCUACAGCAGCACAGGGCCAUGUAAAUGAAAGGUUCAGGUUUACCACGUUUUACAUCUACUUUGCUUUGGUAAUUGUUGAGUUGAUCCUUUCUUGCUUUAAAGAAAAGCCUCCAUUCUUCUCCCCUGUUAGUACAGACCCUAAUCCAUGUCCAGAGCUUACGGCGGGCUUCCUGUCAAGGUUGACCUUUUGUUGGUUCACAAGCAUGGUGGUUCUGGGGUACAAAAAACCCCUUGAAGACACAGAUUUGUGGUCGCUGAACAAAGAUGAUACUUCCAAAGUUAUUGUGCAACAACUAAGUGAGGAGUGGGAGAAAGAAAAAGCGGAGUGCAAACAAAAAGCUUCUGCUAGGAAAUCAGAAACUGUUUCUGGGGAAGUAGAAGUUCUGAUCAGAGGCAAAAAGCAAACCCGAAAGCCUUCCUUUCUCAAAGCUUUGUUGAGGACCUUCGGGCCAUACUUCUUAAUCAGCAGCUUUUUCAAGCUGAUACAGGAUCUGCUUUCUUUUGUCAACCCUCAGCUGCUAAGCAUCUUAAUCAGCUUCAUUAAGAACAAGGAUGCCCCAGCCUGGUGGGGCUUUCUGAUUGCAGCUUUGAUGUUCAUCUGUGCUGUGCUGCAGACACUCAUACUCCACCAGCACUUCCAGUACUGCUUUGUUACUGGGAUAAGGAUGAGAGCUGGGAUCACUGGAAUGAUCUACCGAAAGUCCCUAAUCAUCACAAACUCAGCAAAGCGCUCAUCUACUGUUGGAGAAAUUGUCAACUUGAUGUCGGUGGAUGCCCAACGCUUCACAGACCUGAUGCCUUUCCUGAAUAUGUUGUGGUCUGCACCACUCCAGAUAUUCCUGGCUUUAUAUUUCCUCUGGCAGACUUUAGGGCCUUCCGUGCUGGCAGGAGUUGCUGUGAUGGUUUUACUCAUCCCAUUUAACUCUGCAAUAGCAAUGAAAACCAGAGCAUUACAGGUGCAGCAGAUGCGCUACAAGGACUCCCGCAUUAAGCUGAUGAAUGAGAUCCUGGGUGGCAUCAAGGUGCUGAAGCUGUAUGCCUGGGAGCCCUCCUUCUUGGGGAAGGUGCUGGAGAUCCGGCAGAAUGAGCUGCGGGUGCUGAGGCAAGCUGCCUACCUCAGCUCCUUGUCCAACUUUGCCUGGGUCAGUGCCCCGUUCCUGGUGACUCUGACCACGUUUGCUGUGUAUGUCCUGGUGGAUGAGAAGAACAUCCUGGAUGCAGAAAAGGCUUUUGUCUCUCUCUCAUUGUUCAAUAUCUUAAAGUUUCCUCUCAUUAUGCUUCCACAAGUCAUUGGCAGCCUUGUGCAGACAAGUGUUUCCCUAAAGAGAAUUCAGGAGUUCCUGAGUCAUGAUGAACUGGAUCCAAACUGUGUGGAAAGAAAAGCAAUGGCACCAGGCAAUGCCAUCAGUGUGACGCAAGGGACAUUCAGCUGGGGGAAGGAGCUGAAGCCAUCUCUGACAGAUAUAAAUCUGUUGGUGCCCACUGGUGCUUUGGUUGCCAUUGUUGGCCAUGUUGGCUGUGGGAAGACUUCUCUGGUGUCUGCUCUUCUGGGUGAAAUGGAAAAGCUGGAAGGAGAAGUAGCUGUGAAGGGUUCUGUUGGUUAUGUGCCUCAACAAGCCUGGAUCCAGAAUGCCACCCUGAAAGAUAACAUUUUGUUUGGCCAAGCUCCCAACGAGCAGAAGUACCAGCAUGUCCUAGAGGCCUGUGCUUUGAAACCUGACCUGGAGGUGCUGCCAGGAGGGGACCAGACUGAGAUCGGGGAGAAGGGCAUCAACCUGUCGGGGGGGCAGCGGCAGCGGGUGAGCCUGGCGCGCGCGGUGUACAGCGGCGCCGACCUCUACCUGCUGGAUGAUCCUCUCUCUGCCGUGGACUCACACGUGGCCAAGCACAUCUUUGACAGAGUUAUUGGACCAGAUGGGGUCCUUAAAGGCAAAACCCGAGUUCUGGUGACCCAUGGCAUCAGCUUCCUGCCUCAGGUCGACCACAUCAUAGUCCUGGUGGAUGGCAAAAUCUCUGAAAUGGGAUCCUACCAAGAGCUUCUGAAACAGAACAAGGCCUUUGCAGAGUUCCUGCACAACUAUGCCUUGGAGGAGCGCAUUGAGGAGGAUGAGCCAACAAUGCUGGAAGAUGAAGUCCUGCUGGCAGAGGACACCCUCAGCAUCCACACUGAUCUUGCAGACAAUGAGCCAGUGACCAACGAGGUCCGCAAGCAGUUUCUUAGGCAACUCAGUGUCAUUUCUUCUGAGGGAGGAGAGUGUCCCAACAAAAUGUCAGCCAAGCGAAGGGUCUGUGAAAAGAAGCCAGCAGAGCCCCCUCCGCCCAGGAAGAAUCCCAGCGAGAGGCUUGUCCAGGCUGAGACCACUGAAACAGGCAGAGUGAAGCUCUCGGUGUUCUGGCAGUACAUGAAGGCUGUUAGCCCUGUCCUUUCCCUGCUGAUUUGCUUCCUCUAUUGCUGCCAAAAUGCUGCUGCCAUCGGGGCCAAUGUGUGGCUCAGCGACUGGACCAACGAGCCGGUGGUGAACGGCACCCAGCACAACGUAGCCAUGCGGGUCGGGGUCUAUGCUGCCCUGGGCCUCCUGCAAGGCCUCAUAGUGCUCAUCUCCUCCUUCAUCCUGGCCAUGGGGGGCAUCAAGGCUGCCCGGGUGCUGCACGCGGCACUGCUGGAGAACAAAUUCCACACCCCACAGGCCUUCUAUGACACCACCCCCACAGGCCGCAUCAUCAACCGCUUCUCCAAGGACAUCUACGUCAUCGACGAGGUGCUGCCACAGGCCAUCCUGAUGGCCCUCGCCACCUUCUUCACCUCCUUGUCGACCCUGAUUGUCAUCCUGGCAAGCACUCCGCUCUUUGCCGUGGCGGUGGUGCCCCUGGCCGUGCUGUACUUCUUUGUUCAGCGAUUCUACGUGGCCACCUCGCGCCAGCUGAAACGCCUCGAGUCGGUCAGCAGGUCCCCCAUCUACUCACACUUCUCAGAGACAGUGUCAGGGGCCAGUGUCAUCAGAGCCUACAGAAGAGUGAAAUCCUUCAUAGACAUCAGUGACCUGAAGGUGGAUGAAAACCAGAGGAGUUACUACCCUGGCAUAGUGUCAAACAGGUGGCUGGGAGUCCGAGUGGAGUUUGUGGGGAACUGCGUUGUCCUCUUUGCUGCCCUCUUUGCUGUGGUGGGGAGGAACACGCUGAAUGCUGGCCUGGUGGGACUGUCGGUGUCCUACGCACUGCAGGUGGUGAUGUCUCUGAACUGGAUGGUCCGUACAGCUUCUGACCUGGAAAAUAACAUCGUGGCUGUUGAAAGGAUAAAAGAGUAUUCAGAGACUGAAACAGAGGCUCCCUGGGUGAUUGAGGACAAGAGUCCCCCAGAGGAUUGGCCUUCCAAGGGAGAGCUGGAGUUUGUGAAUUACUCAGUGAGGUACAGGAAGGGCCUGGAUCUGGUGCUGAAGGGGAUAAACCUCCAAGUGCGCGGUGGAGAAAAGAUUGGAAUCGUUGGCAGGACCGGAGCAGGGAAGUCCUCCAUGACCCUCUGUCUCUUUAGGAUCCUGGAAGCUGCGAAAGGGGAGAUCAGAAUUGAUGGUGUCAACAUUUCAGAGAUUGGUCUCCAUGACCUUCGGUCUAGGCUAACAAUUAUUCCUCAGGAUCCUGUUCUCUUUUCUGGAACGCUGAGAAUGAACCUGGACCCAUUUAAUAAGUAUUCAGAUGAAGAAAUAUGGAGAGUUCUUGAACUGUCUCACCUGAAGAGGUUUGUCAGCAGUCAGCCUUCCAUGUUGGACUAUGAAUGCUCAGAAGGUGGAGAAAACCUUAGCAUGGGUCAGAGGCAGCUGGUCUGCCUGGCCAGAGCCCUGCUCCGCAAGAGCAGGGUCCUGGUGCUGGACGAGGCGACGGCAGGCAUCGACCUGGAGACCGAUGACCUCAUCCAGAGCACCAUCAGGAGCCAGUUUGAGGCCUGCACAGUGCUGACCAUAGCGCACAGGCUCAACACCAUCAUGGACUACACCCGGAUUCUUGUUCUGGACAAUGGGACCGUGGCCGAAUUUGAUACCCCCAGCAGCCUUAUAGCAGCCAAGGGCAUCUUCUACAGCAUGGCCAAAGAUGCUGGACUGGCGUAA